AUUUACGUCAAGUACCCAGGCUCAGCCAUAUUUGUUCUUUUAUUGACGUGUUGUCAAAACACUAAUACAGCACGUGCAAAAAUGCGUAUUGAAACAUGUUAUUUCUGCUCGUCCAGGAUAUAUCCUGGACAUGGUAUACAAUUUGUGAGAAAUGAUUGCAAGAUUUUCAGAUUUUGUCGAUCAAAAUGCCAUGCAGCAUUCAAAAAGAAGAAGAACCCACGUAAAACCAAAUGGACCAAAGCGUAUCGUAAAACCGCAGGCAAGGAAUUGGCUAUUGACCCAUCCUUUGAGUUUGAAAAGCGUCGUCACGUACCAGUCAAGUACAACAGAGAAUUGUGGACUAAGACCAUAGAAGCGAUGAAGAAGGUAGAAGAGAUACGUCAGAGACGCUCUAACAACUACAUAAUGCAGAGAUUAAGGAAAGGAAGGGAAGUUGAGUGGCAGAGGGAUGUCCGAGAAGUACAGAGGGAUAUAUCUCUUAUCAGAUCACCUGCAGCUGGCCUCAAACAGAGACUGACCCAAGAAGAGACAGAAAUGGAGGUAGAGCCCGAAACCAUUGAAGUGGUGGAUGCUAAAGGUCGGAAACAGGUCAUCGAGGCACCUGUCAUGGUGCCUGCUACUGGCGAGAUGAUUGAGGAAGGAGGCGAUGUAGAAUUAUAAGCCAAAAAUGUUUUAUUGAUAUGGUCUUGAAUGAUA